GUUACUCUGGCGGAACAUGCAGGCAAAAAUACAGUACAGAGAGAGUACAAUUGAACACUCUAAUCCGGGCACUCUGAUUGGCCACCUAUCAUUGGGCUACGGUCACGACGUCAUGUUUGGCAUCUCCACGUCAAACAUUGAAUCUUUCUUUUUUUAUUUUCAUUCCCUUUCAUCUUCAAUGAGCCCCUCCCAAGUCCGUCACAUAUCUGAAGAUUAUUAUAAUCAUUUGGGUCUCAAUCUCCACUUCCAAAGAGCUUGUUCCUUCUCCAUAGCUCUCUCCUUGCCCAUUAUGGCGUGUCCCCUCACCAUCAGCAAAUUCGUGGGAACUGUUUCCCUUGGCCUUCUAACAGGCCUAUCCUAUUCUGCCUCAACCGUCACUAUCCCAUCCCUCGCACUCCUCCCCACCUCCGCCAGCGCCUUGCGUUCCCUAAACGAAGUCAAGCGCCUAAACCGCAAACACGGUCUCCGCCUAACAAACCUCGCCAAUGGCUGCCUCCUCUUCGCCUACUGCGUCUCCCCCAAACAUCGCAAACACCCCUACCUAGUCUGGAUGGUCGCCACCUCCAUCAUGGGCACCUACGGCGCAGACUACUGGUUCCACCGCUCGGUCGGCUUCAAGGCCUGGGUCCAAAGCUUCUUCCACGAUGCCGGCUGCACGUCAUUCGGUUCUAAGAGCGCCCAGAAGAGGGACGAUGAUCUCGUCGUCGUGGAGGCCGAGGAGGAUGUGAAUGGAGAGAGUGUUCGGCGGGAGAUGGACACGGAGCGUCGCUUCCAAUGCGUCCGCGCCGUGUUCUCGGGCCUCGCGCUUGCAAUGGGUAUUGUUGGUCUCUGGGGUGAUAGAAAGUAGAUUUGGCUUGUUAGUAGUUGGGUUUGCGAUUCGUUUAGCAUGGCCAUUGGGGUGAUUCAGGGUUACCGGGGGUUUUCCUUUUUUUUUUUUUUUCUUGGUUUGUCUUCUAGGAUGUUU